AUGAUGAACCAUCAUCUGCCCGCUAUGCCCCAUGGGCAGCAGCCCAUGCCGCCGCAGCGACGGCAGCACGAGAUGCCCUACGCAGCAGGGCCCCCGAAUAUGCGACCUCCGCCGGCUUAUAUGCCUUACAGCCCCCACAUGAACGGACACCCGCCCCCGACCUAUUCGCCGCAGCAAUAUGGGCACUGGUAUCCGGUCUAUACCCAGAUGCAGCUGCCACCGCGCCCGUAUCAGCAGUCUCCCUAUGCACCUUUGAUUGUUUCCUCGUAUCCUCCUUCGCAGCCUGUUAUUCCCGCCGCUCAUGUUCCGCCACCGUCGAUGCUGCAACCGCGCACCGCCACUCCCCAUCAGCUCCCGAUGUCUCCGGCGGCCAGUGCGGUUCCCAGUCAGUUAGAGAUGCAAACACCGUCUCCCGCGGCAGCCCCAGUUAAUGACUCUGUGAACUCCCCGGUAUUAUCCCCGUCAUUCUCGACCAACGUGAAGCUGGCGCCGACAGCACCGGAGCCCUUCCGUGCACCUGUUCCUUGGUUGUCUGUUCCUGAAUGUCCAUUUCCUGCAAGAGUCCCGCGCAGACGGCGUAGAGGUCGUAUCAAUCCUGCCUCCGCUUUCUCGGUCGAGCUUCCUGCGAAAGAUACCCCCCUUCCCUCUGACCAGACCGAACUCAUAGACGCUGUGAAAACUUCGGAAUCUCUCGUCCCACAAGCCCCAUCCGAGCCACAGACUCCCACCACCUCUGCUGUCCCUUCAGAGGCAGACUCGACACACCCGACCACGCCAUCUUCGACGGCUCCCCAGUCGUCAGUGCGGACCCAGUCGAAAGGUUCCAAACCUGCGGUACCUCUCGUUCCCAUUGUCCCGAUUAUUCCGCAGAUUGCGGAUAUUCCUCGUCAGCCGGCGAAGGAUGGCGCGGAUUCUACGAAGACAGAAGAAAAUCAUUUAUCGACCUCUGCGGCCGAUGCUUUCGCAGAUUCGACGAAACCGGCUUCUUCAGCUCCUGCCGUCUCUGCCGUCUCCAAGUCCUGGGCGGAUCUGGUCCGUUCCAAGGCCGCCUCGCGCGCCGCAGCCGCCUCAGGAACCGAGUCUACUGAGUCUAGAGGCCUUGCAGUUCCCAAAAGCGAAACUCUUGCAGAUGUUCUCAUGACCAUGGGGGACGAUGUCUCGCAAUACGCUGAAAAAGUGGCCUUUUUAGAACCUCGAGGGCUUGUAAAUACUGGAAACAUGUGCUACAUGAAUUCUGUCCUACAAAUCCUUGUGUCUUGCGUGCCAUUUCAUCAGUUUCUGGACUAUAUCGGUCGUCGGGCUGCCCACAGCUUCCAAAGCGAUCUCCCCUUGAUUGACGCCAUGAUCAUGUUCGUACGAGAAUUCCGUGUCAUUGACGCGGCGCGCUCCGAGGAACAAUUAAAAUUACGGCUGAAGCCAAAUGAAUUAGAGGAAUACGGUGACGCAUUUACGCCAGAAUUUGUAUAUGAAGUCAUCAGACAGUUACCACGAUUCCGUGAUAUGAGGCGCGGCCACCAGCAGGAUGCUCAGGAGUUCCUUGGAUUCCUUUUGGAAGAGAUGCACGAAGAAUGCGUCCGUGCUUCUAAGCAUACAUCUGUAACCAGGCCAGACGAUUCCAUCGACGCUACUAACCAAUCUGGUGAUGGGUGGCUGGAGGUUGGUCACAAACAGAAAGCUGCCAUUACUAGAUCCUCCGGACAUAUUGCUUUGGAAUCCCCCAUCACACGUAUCUUUGGUGGGAAAAUUCGGUCGGAAUUCAAAGUGCCAGGCAACAAGAACUCUGUGACGCUGGAACCUUACCAGUCGCUCCAACUCGACAUCGGGUCACCAGACGUGCAUAACAUCAUCGACGCUUUGAAGGGUCUUACCAAAUCUGAGAGCAUCCAGGGCGAUUUCAACUCAUCUCGUGGCCCUAAUGUCACGGCCACCAAGCAGAUUUUCAUUGAAAGCUUGCCGCCUGUGCUGAUCCUCCAUCUGAAGCGGUUCCAGUAUGAUAGCGUGACGAGAGGCACACAGAAGAUCUGGAAGAAGAUUGGGUAUCCUCUUGAUCUGGAGAUCCCGCGCGAGGUGCUCCCGCCUCACCGGCGGAAUUUGAUGACUCCCCAGGGUGGACUGCCCAAGUAUCGUCUGGUCGGAGUCAUCUACCACCACGGCAAGAAUGCUAGCGUUGGACACUAUACCGUGGAUGUUCGACGCCAGGACGGACGUGAAUGGAUUCGUAUGGAUGAUACGAUGAUCAGGCGCAUCCGCAGCGAGGAAGUCGCUGAGGCUGGCGGUGAGGAGGACCCCAAGGUCCUCGCCGCGGCUCUGGAGCAACAUAAACGCGACAAGGAGCCAUACAGCAACAUCUUCGAUCACAUCGAUCAGAACGAUCUCGAGGACUCGGACGGUGACCGGGGCUGGAGCCAAGUCAAUGGAUCGGGCACAGCAGGGCACUCCAGCAAGAAGUCCGUUUCGACCGGUGUCAACGGUGUCUCAACGUCUACCGUCUCCGGGUCGUCUUCGGGCGUCAGAACGCCCAUCGGCAGAUACGGCACGCGCGACAACAAGGUUGCCUAUCUGUUGUUCUACCAGCGGAUUGCCUAA